AUGGACAAGUCGCUUCUGGAUCGGCUCGCUGCUCUGCGCGGCUCAAGCCCAACUACCAAGAAAGAAGCCCCUGUCAAGAUAGACGUGGACGUGAUCGAAAGAAAGAGCGCCACUCCAUCCCGGGAAGAUACAUUAGCCUCCCGUCUCAAGGCCCUGCGCGACCAGACAUCGCCAUCGCCGUCUCCCUCACCAUCCUCACAGCCGCACGCGCGGCGAGACAUCUCAACCCCGUCAAAGCCAGCCAGGCACAGACCAGAGGUGUCAGAGAAGAAAGACUCCAUCCAAGCGGAUGAUGACGUAGAGGCAGCCUUCGCGACAGACGACCGCACCUUGGAGGAGCUGCUCGGUGAUGUCGGUCCUGAUGAUGAGCCUGUUGAGCCGCCGCUGGAGCCGGACGACGCCAAGGUCAAAGCGCUGCUUGAGGAGCUAUCACAAACCAUCCCGCAGGAUGAAUCCUCGGAGUCUAAAAAGACGCAUGCCGCGCAGGGUGAUUCUGACGACGAUUCAGACGGGGAGAAGAUGACAAACGAGGUGGACGAUGUCAUCGCCCGCUUCCGCGACGAACUCGAAGUGGAAGCAGCGCAGGGGACCAAGGACGGCGACGAUCGAAAGGAUACCAACCAGGAGCAGCGGGAUUCCUCAGACGAGGGCGACAACCGCCAGGCCUCCGGAGCAGCCGCAGACCUCGAGCUGCCCUCGGUGCCUCAAGAUCUCGCCGCCCCAGAUCAGGUCCCCAGCUCCGCCCCUUCAUCUAAUACUCUAGACGACAUUACCGCUCGUCUAUCCGCACUACGCGCAUCUUCAGCGUCUCCAUCUCUCGAUCUCCCCUCGGUACCUACCUCCAAGCCAGCCAAGGAGCCCAACCGGCUGAAAUCCACCACCAAAUACACAGACGACGACAUGAGCUCAUGGUGCACAGUGUGUCUGGAAGACGCUACGUUGAAAUGCCUUGGUUGUGAAGAUGACCCGUAUUGUGUGCGGUGUUGGCGUGAGAUGCACCUUGGUCCAACGGCAGCGUUUGAUGAUAGAGAUCACAAAGCCGUUUACUUUACGAGAGAGGGGAAGAAGGAGAAGCGCGUAGCACUAGGAGCAUGA